GAAUACACAGACGAACUCACUCAUCACUCACAUAGAACGGACAUCAUCAACUGAUCCAUCAAUUGACUUCAUCCAUUGACCUGGUCAACUGACUGCAUCAACGCACCAUCAAUUAGCUUCAUCAAAACUCAACACGAUUUAAAGAGACAAACAAACAAGCAAACCAUGGAUGGUGCCGAACCUUCUACAGCUGCUCCAAAUCCUCCACAACCAGUAGCUAUAUUCAAAAAGAGAUCAGCAAAAGGGAAGUCCAAUUUUCGCAAAAGAGCUGCAACGCCACCGCCUGCAGACAGCGACGAUGAUACAUCAGGAUACUCUUCAUCAGAAGAUGAAAGUGGCCGACGAAUAAAACGAAGAAAGAAGAAUACCGGCGCCAUAACCGCAUCAUCUACAAACAAUAAUUCAUCGGCUCCCUCCGAUCUCUCCGCUACAAAAUAUACUGCAUCUCACAGCACUGUCAUUCGCGCCUCUGACGACGCAACUAGAGCUAGCAAUUGGUAUGAUGAAAAUGCGACAGACGCUCUAUCAGCCAAAAAUCUUCUAGGCACAUCCCGCUCGAAACCUUCAACAGGAGAUAUCCCAGAUGGAACAUACAAGGGUUUGGCAAACAGCACGAAAUUCAUACAAAAGAAUCCUGACGCCCCCAACCGCGUCGUAGGACCUGUCAAAGCACCAACCAAUAUUCGCACCAUAACCGUCACAGAUUUCGCGCCAGACGUAUGUAAAGAUUACAAGACGACCGGAUUCUGUGGAUUCGGAGACAAUUGUAAAUAUCUACACGCGCGAGAAGACUACAAAGCAGGUUGGCAGCUCGAUAAAGAAUGGGAGAAUGUGACGAAAGGAAAGAAAACUUUAGGAGGGACGAAAAUUGCAAGUGCGGAUCGCAAAGGAGAUGAGGAAGAGGAGGAAGAUGAUGCGUUCUUGGAGAAUAUACCAUUUGCGUGUAUAUUGUGUAGGGAGAAAUAUAAGGAUCCGAUUAUUACGAAGUGUGGACAUUAUUUCUGUGAGAGCUGUGCGUUGAAGAGAUAUAGGAAAGAUCCGAGUUGCGCAGCUUGUGGGGCGGGAACAAGUGGUGUUUUUAACGUGGCAAAGGGGUUGAAGAAGAUACUGGAUAAGAAGAGGGAGAGGGCGAAGAGGAUUAGAGAGGAGGCUAUUGCGAAUGGAGAGGAAGUUAGUUCGGAAGAGGAAGAGGAGUGAAGGCACUAUAUUUACAUCAUUUUUGUCGUCGGGCGCAUACGCUAUAGUUGUCCAGAAAAACUUUGGAAAUAAAGCCAUAAAUGCGAUACAUACGAUAUAUGAACGAUCACAGAGCACAGCGAUUCAAAAACAAAAAAUCCCAGUCUGAGAAGCAGGGUGCAGAUAUACAAAUACAGCAGGAGAAAUCCA